AUGGAUUUCACACGGCGCCGGAUCGCCGAUAUCAACUCGUAUAUACCUACGUCAACUCUCAAAUCUCGUGCCGAAGCAGCUCACGCAGAUGCUGAAGCAACUCCAAACUAUCACUCAAAUCUCGACGGUGUCAACCAGCCUAUGAAUCUACUUUUCCGAGAUGUUUUGUGGUGGACCCUGGGUAUUAUGGCCCUUAUCAUUCUGUCCAUCAGAACUGUUGAGAUCUUAUGGGCAAGACUCCGCCAGGUCUCGGCCAUGAACGCCCCUGGCCAGAAGCAAGGAUACUGGAGGAUAUCUCAAUGGAGCUGGAUGCCUAACAUGAAGAAGAACCUCAUCUACGCUCCCCUGUGGAACAAGCGCCAUAACCGAGAGUUCAAGCUUUCCUCUGCUAUCAGCAUGGGCACUCUCCCUUCGCGACUUCAUUUUACGAUCCUCUUUAUCUACUUGGGCAGCAACUUCGCCUACAUGUUUGUUUUAAACUGGGCCAACGAAAACAAGUUUGCCUUUUGUGCCGAGCUACGAGGUCGCUCAGGAACCUUGGCCCUUGUUAACAUGGUCCCCUUGAUCAUAUUCGCCGGGCGCAACAAUCCUCUUAUCGGCCUUCUCAAGAUUAGCUUCGACACCUACAAUCUUCUCCAUCGCUGGAUGGGUCGCAUUGUCGUCCUUGAGUCCAUUAUUCACACCAUUGCCUGGCUCAUUGUUGCUGUGCACGACCUGGGCUGGGCUGGUGUCAACCACCAAGUCACUCAUAUCCUCUUUUACGGCUCAGGGGCGGUUGGUACGGUUGCUAUGACCCUCCUACUCCUGCUUUCCCUUUCGCCUGUACGCCACGCCUUUUACGAAACCUUCCUUAACGUCCACAUCGUACUGGCUUUCAUCGCCUUCGUCGCUACUUGGGCUCAUUGUGCCUCCUCCGCACUCCCUGGAGGUCUUCCCCAGCUCUCAUGGAUCAUGGGCAUCAUGGGUCUCUGGUUCUGUGACCGCCUUGGCCGCAUGAUUCGAAUUCUCAGUGUCAACUGGUCGUCCAAGGGUUGGACUGAAGCGACUUGUGAGGCUAUGCCUGGUAACGUCACCCGAGUUACUCUUCAUCUGCCACGAUACAAGGACAUUGAGCCUGGCACCCAUGCCUACCUGCGCUUCUGGGGCAUCAACGCCUGGGAGAGCCACCCUUUUUCGAUUUGCUGGGUAAACCAUGUUCGGGACAGCAGCCUACCCAUCGUUGAAAAGGAGCCUCUCCACGCAGUCGACAAGUCAACUAUGACCACCUCUGUCUCUUUCCUUAUUGCUGCCCAGACUGGCUUCACUAAGAAGCUAUUCGACCGUUCUUCUCGGUGUCCCCGAGGCCUCCGCGUCAAGGCUGCUCUAGAGGGACCUUACGCCGGCCACAACAGUCUCGACUCAUACGGCCACGCAGUCCUCUUUGCUGGGUCAACAGGAAUUACUCACCAGCUUUCCUACGUCCGCCAUCUCCUCGAAGGGCACAACAAUGGUACAACUGCUACUCGACGUAUCACACUCGUCUGGAUCAUCCGCGAGUAUGAGUCUCUUGAGUGGGUGCGGCCGUACAUGGACACCAUCCUCCGCAUCCCGAACCGAAAGGAGCUCCUCCGCAUCCAGAUCUUCGUAACCCGUCCUCAGAACCCACGCGAUAUUGUCAGUGCUAGUGCCACAGUGCGCAUGUUCCCUGGACGGCCAAACGUUCCCCUCAUUCUCGCAAGAGAGGUUGGAGAGCAGAUGGGUGCCAUGUGUGUCACAGUUUGUGGCCCUGGCGCUCUUGCAGAUGAUGUUCGCGGUGCUGCCCGGGCAGUGCAAGGGUCGACCGUAGUGGACUUCGUCGAGGAGAGCUUUACAUGGUAA